AUGGUGUACUUCAACAGAUUUAUCAAAAACUCAGUCACAGUUUGGCUCUCCGGGGCGUCGAUCCAAGCUGCUUUCGCAGAGGAAGUACAGCCCAGCACAAAUGUGCAAAUCCUCGUAACCCAAGUGGUCCCAACCAAUACUAGCGGUGUCACCGGAGUUGCGGUGUCUUUUCCUGCCGCUUCAACGACUUCCACCAACACCAACAGCAGCACCAGCGUCAACAGCGAAGAAAAUUAUGAGGCCGAAGUCACCAGCCUCUACACCACCACGCUCACCUUCACCUCUACAGAGACCGGUACAACGACGAUCGAGUCUUCCGUGUCCCGCUCCCUCGCGUCCUCCUCCUCAGAGUCCUCUCUUCCGCUGCAGUCGGAAGUAGAGUCAUCCACAACGGCAACGGCAACGGCAACGACUUCAACAGCUGCACACGGAGAACAUCGCUUGAACCCAAGCGUAUGGAAUUCCCAUCACUCCAAAUCAAGCGCUUGGAGUUCCCUUCACUCCAAAAAGCCAAAGUCCACGAAGACCACAGCCGAGCCUUCCCCAACGCCCUCCAGAGAUCAUCACCGAGGUGACUCCGCCGAUCAUAAGGACGGAGUUCAUAACGAGGGAGGGCACAGCAUGGAGAUGCCCGGCAUGGCGGUUGCUUUUUCUGCGGUAGUGGCAAUUCUUGUUCAAGCGGCGAUGGCGCUUCAUAUUUUGGACGAGGAAGAAGAAGAAGAAGAAGAGGAGGAGGAGGAGGAGGAGGAGGAGGAGGAGGACGUGGAAUGGGAAGAGUAA